GGAUUUUUGGUUGUCCUCCCCUGCUUCAAUUGAAAACAAUUGCGUAUUUUUCGGGUUUUUUUUUAUGGAGUUACGUGGAUUUUGGGAAUAAAUUUAAAUUUUUUAAUAAGUAGUUUUAUAAUUAAAAUGGCCAAGACGCCUACAAGGCACAAUUCAUCGGUGGAUUCUCUCAAUCUCUCCUUUAAAUCUCCAAAAUCACCAUCACAGGACGGAUCUCCACUGACAAAACGCCUAAUUGUGAUCCUUCAGAAUUUAACUACAAACUAUGCAUCAUGGCGGGUUUAUCAUCGAAAAGGAAUAAAUAUUUGCCGAGCUAUUGAAACGGCAAAAUGCAAAGCUCUUGAGAAACAAUUACAAUUUCCCGAUGAUUUGGUGCCAUUUUGUAAGGAGUUAGAAAGUCUCCUGAAGUCCUUAGAAGAUAUUGUUGAAAAUACUCGUGGUGUGGUGAAACAAAUCUCAGCCUUAGUGAAACUAGAUAGGGACGCCAAUGCAGUUCUAAAAAGUUGGAAUAGUAGAAAGUCAGAGAAGUUUGCCGAAGAAGUUUUGAGGGCUUUUGAGGAGGAAUUCCGAAUAAAGAAACUCGUCAAACAAAACAUCGCCUUCGCUCUGAGUCAUGCAGAGUUAGUUCACAUGUCCUGUGUCUGGGAGUACCAGUUCUAUGUAAAUGCCGACAUUGCCAUGGGAUUCGCCAUAAUUGAAGCAGAAAUGAGAUGACAUCUUUUACGUAAAAUAAUAUUUUUUUAUUUACAAUCUCUUAGCGCUAUGUUUAUCAGAAUUGAUAAUAAAUUAUCACAUCAUCAA